UUGGGACGCCUAUAUGCCCAUUGAGAGCUACCCUGAUCAAAUCAUGGUUCUCAAAGUACAUUUAAUUGUCAUUCUUGCAAAGCAGCAACACAAGUUAUUGCACCACAUUGUCCUCCAACAACAAAGUCAUAGGCAAACUUUCAUCGACCUUGCAUCUUCCAGCAAGGUUGCACAAACCUGCCAAGCGAUAGCUAAGAGACAGCAAUGA